AUGGCUGGAGAGGAGAGACACCACAUUGAAAGGUCCUGGAAAAUCAGCUCGGUCAUCAGCAGCGAAGACCUUCUUCAUUUAAACCAAGGUUCUGGACACCCCGGGAGGAAGGUGCUCCGUAGAAGCCAAGGACGGCUUCCAAGUCUGGAAGGAAUGGUCAGGAGUGUCUGGUGGAAAACAGCGUGUUCUGUAUCUGCACCGCCCAAGUGUGAGAGCCACGGGAGAAGCCGAGCUGUGGAGAGCCUCGGCUUGCGCCCCCGAAUCCCCGCUUUCGCCUACCUACCCGCUCAGACCCCGGCUUCUCCGGAUCUCAGGAUCCUGGAAGCGGCUCUCAGCACCGACUCUCACACCCGCCGCUGGGCUCCAGCCAACCGGAACCCACUCGCGUCACUUCCGGUCCGGUCCCCCCGAGGAGCCCGCCUCCAAAAGAGAAAUGUUCCACCUUCCUUUUGGCAACCCGAGAAGGUCCUCGCGGGAUUUCAGUUCGGCUUUCUCAGUUCGGGCCCUUUUUUCUGGAAACCCGGAAGAAAUAGGUGGCGCGCGCGAAGCGUGUUUCUUGUUCGGGAGUGGAGAACCACCGGGCGUGAGCAAGUCCUUCAGGUACUCUCCAAGUUCUUGGUUAUGGAGUAUUUGGCUCAUCCUGGUACACUCAGCUUGGCUGCUGGAGUUGCUUGUGGCAUGUGCCUGGGCUGGGGCCUCCGGGGCCACCUUAGGAUGUUCCCCCAGAACUCAACAAGUGAGACAAAUAGAGACACAGAGACAGGAACCGAAGGAAGCAUCUUGGGAGAGAGUGGAGAGUACAAGUUGAUACUUGUGGUUCGAACUGACCUAAAGAUGGGAAAAGGGAAGGUCGCUGCCCAGUGUUCACAUGCUGCUGUUUCUGCCUAUAAGCAGACUCAAAGGAGAAACCCUCAAGUGCUCAAAGAGUGGGAGGACUGUGGCCAGCCCAAAGUGGUGGUCAAAGCCCCAGAUGAAGACACCCUCAUUGAAUUACUGACCCAUGCAAAGAUGUUGGGACUGACUGUAAGUUUAAUCCAAGAUGCUGGACGUACUCAGAUUGAACCGGGUUCUCGAACUGUCCUGGGAAUUGGGCCAGGACCAGUAGAACUAAUUGAUGAAGUUACUGGCCACCUAAAACUUUACUAGAUGAGCUUUUGUGCGAUGUGAUUCUGUCUGAAAACUGAAGCUUGUCAGUAACAAUAAAAACUUAAUUUUUGCCCCACUUUAAAA